ACUGAGGACGAUUACGAUUCGGACGACUCUGAUGAUGAGUAUACUCGGAACCGUAUAGGCAAAGUACCGCUGAAGUGGUAUCUCGACAACCAUGAUCAUAUUGGUUAUGAUAUCUCUGGAAAAAAGAUUGCACGCACUGUGAAGACUUCCGAGAUAGAUACUCUCUUGAGAGCGGCUGAGGAUCCCGAUGCUUGGCGCACCGUCACUGAUAUCAAGAACGAUAGGGAGAUCAAGCUAAGUGACACCGACCUCAGGAUCAUACAGCGUAUCCGGAAGGGCUUUUUCCCUACUGGUCGUGGUGAUGGCGAUGAGGAUGAGGAAUUCCAGGUUGAGUAUGAGGACCGUAUAGAAGACAAAAUUCACCCAAUGAGGACUCGAUACCCCACGAAGAAGUCGUUCAUGCCGGACCAAGACGAGGCCCGUAAGGUCAAUAGAUUGAUCAAGCUCAUAAGGGCGGGAAUUAUCAAGCCUAAGGAGGAGAAGCCUGCGAAGGAGGAUGUAUUUCAUACCGCUCCUCGACGAAAUCACUACUUAAUGAAAAGGCUGUGUAUUAGCAUAACCAUCUCCAGAGUAACCGCCAGUGAUGACAAUACCAAGGACUGCGAUAAAGGAUGA